AUGAGAGGAAAGCUCUGUUUUGACUCACGCUUGUCAAGAUGCGCUGAUUCACAACGAAGAUUGAUCCCGCCGUCGACCCGAUGUAGGAGCUGCUCCCUCCGACCCCCACGACGCCCACUCCCGCUCGGAUUUCAGCAUUCAGUCAAAUCCACCAGCUGGCUGUCAGGUCCCGUCGAGUCAACAGCAUCCACGGACCACGUUAAGAGCCUCUUCUCCACCAAGAGCGAUAAAAACGUGACCACCGUACUGAUAUGGCUCUGGCCCUUCGGACAGACCUACGACCUGAGCGUCUGCAGCUCUCUCUUCAACAUCGAGGGCUGUUUCAUCACGGCCGACAGAAACUUCUACAACAAGUCAGAUGGGGUCAUCAUCCAUCACCGAGACAUCUGCACCGACCUCUCCAACCUGCCGCCGUUCCAGCGACCGUCCUUCCAGAAGUGGGUGUGGAUGAACCUGGAGUCGCCGUCUCACUCGUCCCAGCUGCCCGGGAUCGAGAACAUCUUCAACCUGACUCUCAAUUACCGUCAGGAUGCUGACAUUGAAGUGCCUUAUGGGUCCAUCGUAGCAGCGGAGGGCGAGGAGGACUUUGUCCCACCCAGCAAAAACAAGCUGAUCUGCUGGAUUGUGAGCAACUGGAACCAGGACCACGUGCGGGUGAAGUACUACAACGAGCUGUACAAACACAUCGAGGUUCACGCCUACGGACAAGCCUUCGGGGAAUACAUCGCCGACCAGGACUACUUCCCCACCAUGGCCAGCUGUAAGUUCUACCUGUCUUUUGAGAACUCCAUCCACAAGGACUACAUCACAGAGAAACUGUACAACCCGCUCUCAGUGGGAACAGUGCCGGUGGUUCUCGGCCCGCCCCGAACGAACUAUGAGAACUUUAUCCAGGGAGAUGCCUUCAUCCACGUCGAUGACUUCCCCUCGCCCAAGGAGCUGGCGGACUACCUGCUUCUCCUGGACAAAAACGAAGAAAUGUACGUCAGGUACUUUGAGUGGCGGCGGCACUUUAAAGUAAAGAAGGCCUAUUUCUGGGCAGAGCACACAUGCCUGGCUUGUGAUUACCUGCGCAGGCACAAGGAGUACAAGGCAUUCAAUAACCUUGACAAGUGGUACUGGGGUGGAUAG